UAGCUCUGGAGGACAUAAGACUACUUCACCUUCUUACCAGAUCGGGAACAUGAAAGAAGAAAGAACAGCUGCUGAGUUACAGAAAAAUAUGACACAGGGCUCGGUGGUCUUCGAGGACGUGGCUGUGGACUUUACCCAGGAGGAGUGGGCUUUGCUGGAUCUUGCUCAGAGGAACCUCUACAGAGAUGUGAUGCUGGAAAACUUCCAGAACCUGGCCUCACUAGGGUAUCCGCUACCCACACCGUAUCUGAUCUCCCAGUGGAAAGAAGAGGAGGAUCUGGAGACAGUGGAAAGAGGACCGACCCAGGGGGAGCACCAGGAAGGUUUUGAGACUCAGCUUAAAGCUAGAGAAUCAGUUACUCCACGAGAUGUUUAUGGACAAAAUAUAUCCAGUGAACAGAAAAUAGUAAGAUUCAAAAGGAAUGACUCUUGGUCAUCUAUUUUACACAAAAAUGGGGAAUACCGAUCUAUUUAUUAUCAAAACAAAACCCAUGAGAGACAUUUGAGAAGUCCUGUGGUGGAGAACGUCAAUGAACAUAGCGAAGAAAACUUCAGCCAAAUCUCACAUCUUAAUAUACCGAGGAGAACUACUGAAGUAAAGUCCUAUGAAUGCCACGAGUGUAAAACGGCCUUCACAGAUCAUUUAUCCCUUAAGAAUCACAUCAGAUCUCACACAGGAAGCAAACCCCAUCAGUGUAAAGAAUGUGGGAAAGCUUUUCAUUUUCUUGCUUGUUUUAAGAAGCAUGUGAAAACUCCCACUGAAGGGAAACCCUAUGAAUGUAAGGAGUGUAUGAAGGCCUUCGCUUGUUCUUCAUUUUUCAGGGCACAUAUGAAGAUUCACACUGGAAAGACAAACUAUGAAUGUAAAGAAUGUGGAAAAACCUUUAGCUGCUCUUCAUCCCUCACAGAACACAAGAGGAUUCAUAGUGGAGAUAAGCCUUAUGAAUGUAGGGAAUGUGGGAAUGCUUUUAGUUGUUCCUCCUCACUCUCUAAACACAAGAGGAUUCAUAGUGGAGACAAUCCAUAUGAAUGUAAGGAAUGUGGGAAUGCCUUUAGUUCUUCCUCCCACCUUAUAAUACAUAUAAGAAUUCAUACUGGAGAGAAGCCUUACGAAUGUAAAGAGUGUGGGAAGGCCUUCAUUUAUUCCUCAAAACUCACUGUCCAUGUCAGAACACACACAGGAGAGAAACCUUAUAAAUGUAAGGAAUGUGGGAAAGCCUACAAUUGUCCUUCCUCCUUAAGUAUCCACAUGAGAAAACACACUGGAGAGAAACCCUAUGAAUGUCUGGAAUGUGGAAAAGCCUUCUACCUUCCCACUUCCCUGAAUACACAUGUGAAAAACCAAAGUAGAGAGAAACCUUAUGAAUGUAAGGAAUGCGGAAAAGCCUUUAGUUGUCCCUCAUCCUUUAGAGCACACGUGAGAGAUCACACUGGGAAGAUACAAUAUGAAUGUAAGGAAUGUGGGAAGGCUUUUAGCCGUUCUUCAUCCCUCACGGAACACUUAAGAACUCAUAGUGGAGAGAAGCCUUAUGAAUGUAAGGAAUGUGGGAAAGCCUUUAUUAGUUCCUCUCACCUUACAGUACAUAUAAGAACUCACACUGGAGAGAAACCUUAUGAAUGUAAGAAAUGUGGAAAAGCCUUCAUUUAUCCCUCAGCCCUUAGAAUUCACAUGAGAACACACACUGGGGAGAAACCCUAUGAAUGUAAGGAAUGUGGGAAAGCCUUUCGCCAUUCUUCAUACCUUACUGUCCAUGCAAGGAUGCAUACCGGAGAGAAGCCCUUUGAAUGUCUGGAAUGUGGGAAAGCCUUUAGUUGUCCCUCAUCCUUUCGAAGACAUGUAAGAAGCCACACUGGAGAGAAACCCUAUGAAUGUAAGGAAUGUGGGAAAGCCUUUGUGUGUCCUGCCUACUUUCGAAGACAUGUGAAAACUCACAGCAGAGAAAAUAUAUAAAUUUAAGAAAUAUGGGAAUGUCUGCAAGGCGUUUUCAGAUCCUCCAUCUAACACUGUGGAGAUACCCUAUGAAUGUAAGAAAGCAGGAAAUUGUUGCUUAUCUAUUUGAAGACUUGAGAACUCACAGCUGAGGGAACCCUGUGUAUGUAAACCUCGUGGUAAUGCCUUCAACAAACAUCACUUACUGUGUAUAAGAAAACUGCUAGAAGCACAGAUCAGUGCCUCACCUUUAAAGUGGACUGCAGACUCAUUGAUUUUCACUUUCUGUUUUCUGAUGUGAAUAUUUUAGGUGAUACUCUAAUACUUUUUCACCUCUAACCAUGUUUAAUUUUGAGGUCCUUUUAUUUUGGCUGAGAUGUAAAGGUUCUUCAUGACAAAAUCUUUUGGACCCAUAAGGAGAUUUGAGGUGUUUUUCAUAGGCAGGAGUGGUCUUUUUUUAAAAAACUAGUUUCUAAAAAUGCUCGUUGU